AACUUUCAGGUCCCUCCAUAAAAAAAAGCCACGAAAGCUCCAUGAGUCGACCAAGUUCUCUGCUUGUUAUGUAAGCUGUAACCAAAGAACAACUUCUUUUCUUUCUAUCAUUUCCGAAAUGACCGAACUUUGUUAUCUCUUCCUCUGUUUACCCAAUCUAAAUACCCAUCAUAAAAGCUGAAACUGGAACUGAAACUUACAGAAUUGUUUCUCUUUCUUUCACGAAGGGAUAGAGAAGGUUAUUAUGUUGUGAUCACCGGUGUGAUAAGAGCUCUUCUUUCUGAUUCCUGCAAGCUAUGGCGAUGGAUUCGGUUAAUGGGUUUGGCCACCACUGCAAGGAGACGACGGCGUCGUUUAAGAGCUGGGCGCAGCAGACGGAGGAGAGUUAUCAGCUCCAGCUGGCUCUGGCGCUGCGGCUUUCUUCGCAGGCUGCUUCUACCGGUGAUCCCAAUUUUUUAUUUUUUAAUCCGGAUGAGAAUCGAGAAAGUGGCUCGUCUUCUGGUUCUGCAGAGGCUUUGUCUUAUCGAUUCUGGGUACAUGGCUGUCUGUCAUACUAUGAUAAUUUUCCAAAUGGCUUUUAUCUGAUCCAUGGGAUGGAUCCAUAUACGUGGUCUAUAUGUACUGACCAGCCAGAGAUUAGCCAAAUCCCAUCAUUGGAAUCACUGAAGUCUCUCGAUCCUAGUGAUGAUUUGUCAGUGAAUGUGGUCUUGAUCGAUAAAUCUAAGGAUCCUGGUCUGAGAGAAAUACAAAAUCGGGUACUUAGCCUUUCUAAUUCCUGGGUCACUGUAAGAGAUGUUAUCCAUCAGCUAGCAAAUCUUGUCUGUAACUACAUGGGGGGUACAGUCUCUCCUGUUGAAGAUGGUCUUGGAAGACGCUGGAGUGAGUGCACCAAAGUUCUGAAGGACCGCUUUGGCUCGGUUGUACUCCCACUUGGAAGCUUAUCCAUUGGCCUCUGUGUCCACCGGGCAUUAUUGUUUAAAGUUUUGGCAGAUAUGGUCAAGUUACCAUGUCGAAUUGCUAAGGGCUGCAAAUAUUGUAGAAGGGAUGAUGCUUCCUCCUGUAUUGUGCAAUUCAUCGAUAGGGAAUAUUUGGUUGAUUUGUUUGGAGACCCAGGAGCCUUGAGCCAGCCUGAUUCCUUGCUCAAUGGUGCAUCUUCAGUCUUAGUUUCUUCACCGUUAUGUCAUCCGAGGUUUAAACAAGCUGAAAGUGCUAUGAACUUCUGCGCAUCAGCCAAAACGUAUUUCUUUGACAAACUUUCACAUAAGCUUGAAUUCAAUGAUGGUCCCUCAGGUACUGCUAUUAACCAAGAGGUCAAAACUGGUUCACAGCUCAGUGAAACUUCUGAUAUAAAACAUUUUAACCAGAAAAGCCGAUUAUCGAAUAAUAAUCAGCCUUUUCUACAGAGGGCUGCUUGGAGUUUCAUGCGUAAUAAGGAUAUGCAAAUUCAAAACUUAUCUAACCUGUUUCCUAAAGUUGUCAACUUUGCACAAUUGGUCAAAGGUCCCAGCUUGCCAAGUUUGGCUGUAUCUAUUGGGUCUAGUCCAAUGCCAAAAAUUGCUGUCAAUUUGGAGUGUAUGGAAGCGAAUCAAGCAGCAAUAAGUAAAUCAACUAGUGGACCUUCUCUGAAAGAGGAAGAUUUGGAUAUUCCAUGGAGUGAAUUGAUAUUAAAGGAGAAUAUUGGAGCAGGUUCUUUUGGAACUGUUCACCGUGCAACUUGGCGUGGAUCAGAUGUUGCUGUCAAAAUUCUUAUGGAGCAAGAUUUCCAUGCUCAGCGUGCCAGUGAAUUUUUAAGGGAGGUUGCCAUGAUGAAGCGAAUGCGGCAUCCAAACAUAGUUCUCUUCAUGGGUGCUGUUACUCAGCCCCCAAACUUGUCCAUAGUUACAGAGUAUUUAUCAGAAGGGAGCUUGUAUCAUCUUCUGCGGAUGCCUAAUGCUGGAGAAAUACUUGAUGAGAGGCUUCGCUUAAAUAUGGCUUAUGAUGUGGCAAAGGGAAUGAAUUAUCUUCACCAACUUAGGCCUCCGAUUGUUCAUCGUGAUUUGAAGUCCCUCAAUCUGUUAGUGGACAGUACAUAUACAGUUAAGGUCGGCGAUUUUGGUCUUUCCCGUUUAAAAGCAAACACAUUUCUUUCAUCAAAAACAGCAGCUGGAACUCCGGAAUGGAUGGCGCCAGAAGUACUCCGUGAUGAACCUUCGGAUGAGAAAUCUGAUGUUUAUAGUUUUGGUGUAAUAUUGUGGGAACUUAUGACACUGCAACAACCUUGGGUUCAUUUAAAUGCACCACAGGUUAUUUAUCUUACUCCUCAGAACUAGUAACCCGUAGAAAAUUUGAUAUUGGUCGUCUUGAUGGUUAAUUGCUUAUGAACUUAAAAUUUGAUAUAAGGAAGCUCCUUCCAGUCCAAGAGACUUUAAUGCAUGGUUUAUAUCUCUUCUCCUGAUUUCAGUAUACUUCUUCCUUAAUGAAAAGAGAUGGUUUUACAUAAAAGAGAACCUAAAGAAGGUAUAGACACAAUAAAAUAGAGCAGAUGCAUCAAUUAUAAAGAGUCUAGGGUUCUAAAUUUUAGUGUCAUUAACCAAAUAGCAGUACCAUUCUAAAAGCUUCAUCCCUGCAAUGUUAUGCGAGAAGUUGUAAGAACAUCAGUUGUGUUGCCAUUUGUUUUAUUAUUUCAUAUAGAAUUCUUUUAGUAGUAUUUUCUUCUAUUGUAAUUGUUUACAAUAAAUAUUCUUUUUCGGCAUUCAAAUCUGCAUUCUGGCACCUAGUAAGGCUCGCUCUUACAUUUCCUGUUUAUCCAUUUGAUGGAUAGUGUUGUUCCAUGUUCUAGAGAAGUUAUUCAUGCAGCAUAGAAGCCACCAGUGAGAUUUUUUUUUCCAAAA